AUGGCUAAUGAUACAAUCACACCAGUAAUGUCGCCGCCAGCUGGGCAGACUUCUAAUUUCGUCAAUCCGGAUUAUAUCGGCGCAAAAUUUGUGGCUGUCAAUUGCGUCUUUCUGCCAUUGGCUGUAAUUGCGCUGGGAGUGCGAACAUGGACGCGAUUGUUCGUUGUGCGAAGCUUCCGCGUGGAUGACUAUUUGAUGAUUUUCGCUGCUAUAUUAUCUUGCGUUCUUACUGGAGUAACCCUGGACAUGCUUAAUUACGGAUUGGGAAAGCACAUGUGGGAUGUGUCACUGGCUCGGUUCUCGCCAAUGUUCUCUCUGCUGAACCUCAUUGCCGCCAUCAUUUACUGCGCCGCAACUGGCUUCACCAAGGUCUCCGUUCUCGUGUUCUAUCUCCGCAUUUUCCCAAGUCGCAACUUCCAUAUCGCAGUUUGGUCAAUCGUCUUUAUCGCCGCUGGUUACAGUUUCGCUAGUAUACUUGCGAAUAUUUUCAGCUGCAAUCCAAUCGCUAAAUCCUGGGACUCGUCCAUCACAACUGGGUCUUGUAUGAACAGGCCGGUAUUUUACUUUGCCAAUGCAGGAUUGGGUAUUUUCACGGACUUUGCGACUGUCGCUGUCCCAAUACCAUGGCUUCGUCGACUACAAAUGCCUAUUCGUCAGAAGAUUGCCGUUGGUGGUAUCUUGGCCAUGGGAUGCUUUGUCGGAAUCGUUAGCUGCAUUCGUCUCGGCAGUCUUUACACUCUCUUAACAAGCAGCGAUCUCACCUGGACGACUACCGACGCGCUCAUGUGGUGUGUUAUCGAGCUCAAUCUCGGAAUUUUCGGUGGCUGCGUCACAGCCAUCAGACCAUUCGUUCGCAAAUACUUCCCCCGCCUCCUGGGCCUUUCCUCUGCAGGUGGAUACUACUCUUCUCAAUCGCGAUCUCGCAAGCACGGACAUCCUCUCGGGUCGAUCCCUCAUAGCGACCGAGUCAACUUUUCUAAUCAAGACAAUCAAUACACGACGACACUCACUACACUAAGAGGUGCACCCGACAACGGCAGUGAAGAGCAUAUUCUAGGCUCUCAGCCCAACGGCCACACUAAGGAUGCCGAUGGGGCGACCGGUAUCAUUCGGACCGUUGAGUUUGAUGUGGAAAACAGCUCCACUGCCGCAGCAUGA